CAUAACAGUUCAGUAGCAACUUCACUCUCGCCGACAACUGUCUCCGCUAUGUCUGUGAACUUGUUGUUGUCCAUCCUCUCCUCGGUACUGUAGACCUGGACUAUGAGCCUGCAAGGUGUGAUUCGACCAAAGUUUAACGUGCUUUCAGCCUUCUUAUUCUCUUCAAUGUACUCAAGGCUUCGGAAGAUCUUGGCUCUCAAUGUGCCUGAACCUCGGUGAUCUGAUUGAGGUCUCAGGUCAUCCCCUCCUUCGACGGCUUACAGCAGUAACAUACGAAGAAGCUCUCGAACCUUGACAAGAGAAUAUGCCUUAUCGAACACAGCUUAUGCGAGUGCCGUUUCGCGGCAAGCCUUGGCCCCGAUGGUGCAAACCGCGGACUGAAUCGUCUCUGGUGGUCAGCUUGGUGCCAUACGGCAAUACUUCUCCAGAUCUUGCUUGUUCAUCCGUUCAUCCGUCUUGGGAUUCUCUUGUUCUGAGCCUGGAUUGUCCGCACACCCUUGUGGGGUGCUAGUACUUAAGACAUCGGAUGUAUGGUUCGUUCUUGUGGUCUUGUCCUCGAUUACCCGCGGAGGAACUAAGUAUGAAACCCUCUGUCAUCGUCGUGGCUUUGGUCUCCUUGGUGGCCUCUGCCGUUGCUCAUACUACUGUGUGGGGUGUCUGGGUGAACGGUGUUGAUCAAGGCGAUGGUCGGAAUGUUUACGUUCGCUCGCCUCCUAAUAACAAUCCGGUAAAAGACUUGACCUCGGACGCCAUGGCGUGUAACGUUAAUAAUCGUCCUGUUCCGAAAUCUGUUCCUGUGCAGGUCGGUGACGAGCUCACUUUUGAAUGGUACCAUAACACGUACGUUUGUCUUGCUCGCCAUCUCUGUCUGUCUGACUUAAGGCCCCCCGAUCACAGCCGAGAUGAUGAUAUCAUCGCUUCCUCUCACCAUGGACCAAUCGAGGUCUACGUUGCACCAGCUGCGUCCAACGGCUCGGGUGAUGUAUGGAUCAAGAUCUUCGAAGAUGCGUACACAAGCUCUUGGGCAGUUGAUCGUCUUAUCGCCGCCCAUGGCCAACAUUCAGUCAUCGUUCCCAACCUUCCAGCAGGCGACUACUUGUUCAGAGCGGAAAUAGUCGCACUUCACGAAGCCGACUCGCUCUACUCUCAGAACCCCAUCCGUGGUGCACAAUUGUACAUCUCCUGCGCUCAGAUCACGGUCACUUCUCAGGGUAAUGAAACCCUUCCUGCUGGAGUUGCGUUUCCGGGAGCUUACACUGACGCAACACCUGGUAUUCAAUUUAACAUAUACGAGACGCCAGCUACAGAAUACGUUCCCCCUGGUCCUGACGUCUGGGCUGAUGCUGUUGGAGGAUCAAUCAUCGAAGUUGGCAUCGCUGAUGUUUGAUGUUGGAAAUUGGAAAACAGGAGCAAGGAUGCUGAUUCUUCUUCAUAUCGUGUCGAGUUGGAGAUUGGAAGACAACAGAGAGUGAAUAAAUACGUGUAUAGUGU